AAACUGCAAACGCUUAAGAAGCAUCUCAAAAAAUCAAAAAUCAAAUCAAGCAAAAUGUUCAAGCUGCUGGUUGUUGUUUUUGCCGCCCUCUUCGCUGCUGCCCUGGCCGUUCCCGCUCCAGCCCCACUGCCGCGUGCCAACCCCGCACCCAUUCCGAUUGCCAGCCCCGAGCCCGCUCCCCAGUUCUACUAUGGAGCUAGCCCCUACGCCUACUCCGGCGGAUACUACGCCUCCCCCUACUCCUACUACGGCUAAUUGUUCUCGACAAUGCAAACAAACCGGACUCGUGAUGACGAACCAGAAACUGGAUUACGGAAUAUGCGCGCGCUGGCAAAUCUAAUUAGUCAUAAGUGCUUGUAAAAAAACUCACAAAAAAAAAAUA